CACAACUCUCCUCUCUUCUUUGUAAAACCACCUCCCCAUCAUCUGCAAACAUGCUCAAGAGCGGCAUUGCCCGUAGCUUGGGCAAGUCUGCCUUUGCCCGACCAUCCUUCACCCGACGCGCAUUCGAGCCUCUUCGAAGACAAGGUGUCCCUUCUAUCGCUCAAAGAUGGGCCUCGACGGAAACUGCCGGUGAUGGCAAGAUCCAUCAGGUCAUUGGUGCCGUCGUCGACGUCAAAUUUGAUGGCGAGAGACUGCCUCCCAUUCUCAACGCCCUCGAAACCGAUAACAAUGGCAACAAGUUGACAUUGGAAGUUUCGCAACAUUUGGGUGAGAAUGUCGUGCGAUGCAUUGCCAUGGAUGGUACCGAGGGUUUGGUCCGUGGCCACAAGGCGAGCGACACUGGAUACCCCAUCAGAAUUCCUGUCGGCGCAGGUACUUUGGGUCGUAUCAUGAACGUUACCGGUGACCCUAUCGACGAGCGAGGACCCAUCAAGGCUUCGAAGCUCGCUCCUAUCCACGUCGACCCUCCGGAGUUCGUUGAACAAUCCACCUCCGCCGAAGUGCUUGUCACUGGUAUCAAGGUCGUGGACCUCUUGGCUCCCUACGCUCGUGGUGGAAAGAUUGGUCUAUUCGGUGGUGCCGGUGUCGGCAAGACUGUGUUUAUUCAGGAAUUGAUCAACAACAUUGCGAAGGCCCAUGGUGGUUACUCUGUCUUUACCGGUGUGGGUGAGAGAACCCGUGAGGGUAACGAUCUGUACCAUGAAAUGCAGGAGACCUCUGUCAUCCAACUCGACGGCGAGUCCAAGGUCGCCCUGGUGUUUGGUCAGAUGAACGAACCUCCUGGAGCUCGUGCUCGUGUCGCUUUGACUGGGCUUACUGUGGCUGAGUACUUCCGGGACGAAGAAGGCCAGGAUGUGUUGCUCUUCAUUGACAACAUUUUCCGAUUUACUCAAGCCGGUUCCGAGGUGUCUGCCCUGCUCGGUCGUAUCCCAUCUGCCGUCGGUUACCAACCUACCUUGGCCGUCGACAUGGGUUCCAUGCAGGAACGUAUCACCACCACGCAAAAGGGAUCCAUCACCUCCGUGCAGGCUGUCUACGUGCCUGCCGACGAUUUGACUGAUCCUGCUCCUGCGACCACCUUCGCUCACUUGGACGCCACCACUGUGUUGUCUCGUGGUAUCUCCGAAUUGGGUAUCUACCCUGCUGUCGAUCCUCUCGACUCGAAGUCUCGAAUGCUGGACCCCCGAGUCGUCGGUCAAGAACACUACGACACCGCUUCUCGUGUCCAACAGAUGUUGCAAGAAUACAAGUCGCUUCAGGAUAUCAUUGCCAUUCUGGGUAUGGAUGAAUUGUCUGAAGCCGAUAAGUUGACUGUCGAGCGUGCCCGUAAGCUCCAGAGAUUCUUGAGCCAGCCUUUCACCGUGGCCCAGGUUUUCACUGGUAUUGAGGGCAAGCUUGUCGAUCUCAAGAACACCAUCUCUUCCUUCCAGAAGAUCAUCAACGGUGAAGGUGAUGAUCUCCCAGAAGGUGCCUUCUACAUGGUGGGCGAUUUCGAGAGUGCUCGUGCAAAGGGUGAGAAGAUCUUGGCUGAAUUGGAGAAGUCAUAAGCGGCCAAGAGGUAAAAUAGAAAGCCAAGCAGCAUAGUCUGUGGUCGACAUAUAUUCUCUUAUGUUGCAGUCAAGAAACAAUGGCUAUUCCAGGUCGUGAGGGGAGUAUGGGGACGAAAAGAAUUGAGUAGCUCAUCUGUACAUUGAACCUUCAAAAUUAUUCACUCGAUUCCUUUGACACUUUAUCCGACACCCUCCUUUGUAUUCACGAGCUUGGUAUUGACUUCCACAUCAUUUCUCGUUCUGUCAGCAGACCGACCUUCUGAGACAGCGUAGAUGCUUUUGAAGUCAUUGUUUUCAAUCAGCUCUGAACUGCUUACGCAUUGAGGCAGAAGAUUGUGUGCCCCUCUGAGCUAUUUGAUCCGCAGUAAUUGAUAUAAUAAUGGUUGUCGUGAU